UUCUGCGAAUUGCUAUGAGAGAUAGAGAAAGUACUUCUCCCCUCGCGCUACCACUACGUUUUCGAUCUUUCAUUCCUGCCGCCUCUUCUUCUCUUUCUUCUUUUCACAGAAAGGCAUGCUUUUCAGACAACGCUAUCGAUACAACACAUACCAUUCGCCCCUCGAGCACUGUGCUCUACUCUUCCCCUAUUGCUUCAAGUAGUUACCAGUCUUCUGAUAGUCGGAAUAGAUCAUACACGCAGCGUCGACUCUGGCUCAAAACCGCUGGUCAUCUAACUGUGAAGAGGAAAGCGCAACAUAAGUACCUUAAUGAUUCAGUUCGGGAAGAGCUAGGUGCAGAUGGACUUGAGCUUCUUGAGAACGCGAAUGGCUUACUCAUUAGUUAUGAAUUGACAUGCAUUGCAAAACCACAAGUUUGCCUGUUUCACUCUCAAUGCGUGCCCAUUUCCCUAUGGCAAUAUCUUUCAUUGCUUGUGUCUAUCAUUGUUUCUGUCAUUAACACGUUGAAUCUAACCAAUUCAUUAUGA